AGUCUUUACAGUGGGUCUCGACGAGCGGCGCAGUGAACAUGAGCGUCAGUCCGCGGGGUGUGCAGGAGGUGAUCACAGGUGCACAUGAGUGACGCCAGCACACACGGCCACACACACACACAUUUAGGAGUGGCCGUGACACGAGCCACGGGAACACCACCUCCAACAGGCCAGGCGAGGCAGUCAGCAGGCCGGGCCGGGGCGUGCCACCAGCUAGACACACACGCAGACAGGCACUCGGCAAGAGGGACAGCAGGCACUCAGUGUGGUGCCAUAGCGUGGUGUCAGCGGUUGGCUCACGCGAGCAGUGACAGGCGAGAGGAGGUCCCGGCCAUCGCCGCCUUCAGCCAACCAUCAGCUUAUCAUAAUUUUCCUCACUCGAUAGUGAAGGUGCCUCACAGUUUCCUUGCGGCCUCACUGUCUAGUGCCACAUUGCAUCUGCCUGUGUCGACCGCCUUGCCGAGGCUGGCGGCGGAGACGUAGAGGUCUGCAGGUUAUACUACCGUGACUCCGUAAUGAGCAGGUGUUAGUGGUGCCAAGUAGUGCCACGCUGAGCACACUAACUGUUGUGUAUGAGGCCAAGGUGGAUCAGUAGGCUACGGGUGUGAAAGGCGUCACGUCCACCCUUGUCUUAGGUAGAGACCGACAUCUCCCCGCAAGUGAUCACUAACACCUGGGUCACACACGACAUAUUACCUCCUAUUAUCCUUUACCGAGAAAAUUGGAACUAUAUUUACAUACAGUUGGAAGUAAUUCUGUUUUUUGUGAUAGUGCGGCCAUCCGGGAAUACAGGUGGUUAACGGGAAAGUGCAAUAGCCCAACAACGUUGUUUACCAAUGGGUCUAUCUGUAACCGUGAUGAUAAUCUUAAGUCGAUCACUAAUAACAAGUCUUUCAGUUGCGUCGUUGCUUUAAGUGUUUUGCGUGAUGAGGCAGUGUGUGUGUGUGGCUAUGUAUGUGUGUGCGUGCCGCAAGGGAGAGUAGCAUUAUAGGCCCAGCCUCACAAAAGUGCCCCUUAAGUGGCCACAGCCUGGCCGAGAUGUGGAGGCGCUCACCGAGUGUGCACUAUAAACACUGAACGCGCGCAGGAACUGGCUGGACAUGCCCGAGUCCUUUCACCAUAGUGAGUGCAGGAGAGUAAACUUUCUAUGACACGAUGAGUGUUGGCUAGAGACGAGAGCGCCCCCAGUGAGUGAAAAAGACUGACAGAGAGAGAGAGAGAGAGAGAGAGAGACAGAUUGUGUCCGCAGUACAAGAUGCUCCUCUAAUACAACUAUGACUCUUAAUCGCGGCUAAGGUGGCAUGCCAUCUGAACCCGGACCCUGCUCUACCCAUGGUGUUGGUGCUGGGGUGACUCGUCCUCAGCUGGUCGGGGCCGCCCACCUGGCUGGUGUGCCUUCCCUGCCGCCCAUAUUUACUCCCGCCCACCAUGUGACCCCACCGGCCAUCCAUGCUGCUCGUGCCACCCACCUCGCGCUCCGCCCACACAGCUGAGCCUGUGGUGCCGCCCACAUCUGAGAGCAACAGGUGUGCCGUCUACCCCAACACACUAGUGCCCAUCAAAGCCGAGCCCGCCCACCACCACCACCAGCAGCAGCAGCAGCACCACCACCCGCCCCACCCACAGCUCCCUGACAGCCACUUACGCCCACACAUGUCAGGCCUGAGCGAGACCCAAUACCCGCCCGCGUCUGCCGCCACCCACUCGGCGCCCAAUACGCCCGCGCCACCCUCCACGCCCACACCCGCGCCGCCAGUGUCCGUCUCGUCUGACCGUUCGGGCUCCGGAGGUUCUGCUAGUGGAGUUCCUCUCUCGAUUAUCCCGUCUGUGGUGGGGCCUGCCUCGGGCGGCAUAGUUCCCCCGUCAUCCACAUCUGUCUCAGUAGGUGGAGGCGUCUCUGUGGGCUCUGUCACCCCCGCUAUGCCCGUCCCUGGACCCUCAAACCCUCAGCAGCAGCAGCAGCAACAGCAGCAGCAGCAGCAGCAGCAGCAGCCGCCGCUACAUCACCCUCUGCUAGGUUACGUCUCACACGGGAACAAGAUCCUCUCACGUAACCUCAACGGCACGCGUGAGUACAACAUGUCGGAGGUAAAAGUCAUCGCUGCCAUAUUCAGCAAUGUUACUUUAAACAUUUCUCUAACACCAAGACAAAAUGUCCAGGAAUUAUUUAUAUUCUCUUAA